AGCCCCGAGAAAGACUUUGCUACUUCCUUUUUUGGAUUAUUUUGGCAGAAAUGACAACACUCAUUUGUAGAUAUCAGUAAAUAAUGUUCUCUGUCCAUUUCAGGUGACAAAAUGUCGUCUGAUAGUGAACUAGAAGAAUUUUAUGACGCAGAGGAAGCAACACCAAAGCGGUAUGUUCAGAAGAAUUCAUUGAAAGAUGCCCUGGAGAAGUUUUCUGAAUGUGUAUCUGACUCUGAAGAAAGUGCUGAUGAUGGUGAUACUGGCAUAUUAAACAAUGCUAAAGCUGUGGAUGAGGAGGAAAAAUGGAUGACUGUCCAUAGUGACAAAUUUAGGAUAUCUAGACCAGAUGAGUUGGACGGAGCAGCAGAAAAAUGGACAACCAUCAGAAACCCGCCAGAUAAGUCUGACCAGUCAGAUGAUUCUGAUGAGAAAGUUGUUAUUCCUAACAGACCUGAACGUGCAGAUUCUAUUCUUGAAGAGGAGGCAAGGUUAAAAGAAAUCAGAAGAAUUCAAGAAGAGAGGAGGAAAAAAGAAGAUGCAGAAUUCCAAAAUCAACUGGAAGAACUAAAAAGGAAGAAAAGAGAAAAGGAAAUGAUUGAGGAAAAGAGGAGGAAGGAAAAUGAAAAACGCAGAAAAAAAUUAGAACAAAUGAGACGUCGAGUGUCUGAUGGAAGUGACCACAUUCUUGUGGAUUCCAAAGAGGACACUGAUUCAGAUGUGUCACAAGAAUCAAUGAAGGAUCCUGUCUCUAUCAAACUAACAGUUUACACAGAAAAUAUUAAUGUAUCUAUUCCAGAUAUAAACAGUGCUAAUCUAGUCACGAGUUUGUGUGAAGCAGGACUGCCAGCAACCUUGCAAGCAAACAUUACUAUUCCAGACACUAAGACCAGUAGGUCCAGCUCAAUGAGAGGUGAUUCAAAUAGACAAGACAGACCUAUAUUGCACGCAAAUUUAGUGGUUCAAGAGCCUCUACGCAGUCGUUCAAAUUCUUCCAUAAAUUCUUCAGCAAGUGAAGGACCAGUAAAUACGAAUCGUCGUAUUCCAGAAUCAGAUACCAUUGUAAAUGAAGUUAUAGUAGCUUCCAAUGAACCAGAUAUAAUUAGAAUAACAAAAACUAGAACUCCACCAUCUACUUUACAAUAUCCAUCAGCACCUCAUAAUACUCUUACGUUCCCAGUGGCGCCACCUAGGAAAAAGAAAUGCUCCAGUAGUGAGCUUUCAGACAGUCCUUCAGAGUGGAGCAAUCGUACAUCUCUAACUUUACCUACACCUACCUCAACUGUUGAUAAACUGACCAGAGAUUUAGAAUUCACAUUAGAUCUUCAGAGUGCCUUAGGUGGUGGACGCCAUAUCAGAACUGAAGAUGUAGAUGGACAUGCCAUUAACUCAGACAAACAAAGAUUCUUUAAGUCAGAUGACAGAUUAAAGAUUUCAUCAGAUUCGGAAUCAUCUCCAAGUUCUAAUUUACAAGUGUAUCGACCACGCUCAAACUCUGGUCGUCUGUUAACAGAUCAGGAAAUUUUAGAUGCUGUAAUGGUAGUGAACUUGGACACAGGAGAAGAAGUUCCCCUUAGUGUAGCAGAGGAUAAGAUACCGAAGGGAAUGAAUCCAUUAUCGUUACAUAUUAUGAGACUAACUAAGGAAUACCGAGAUCAUGCUGGAGACACAGAGAGUAUAGACGGGGACAUGAUGAGUGAAACAAUGUCACUCUCAGAGGAAAAUGGUUCAAAGAAAAAAAAGUCUAGAUUAAGGAAAAUGUUAGGAAAGAAAAUAGACCGCACAACCAACAGACUUAAGUCAGUAGCAGACCAAGUAUUACAUAUGGAAGAAACUGCUGUUGAACAAGAAAUUAUAUUUGAUGGUAAAAUGUUUAAGAUUAAAGCCAAAACCAGUAAAAUGCAGCAUGACUUUGAUAAACUACAACUGUUACAAGACAUGACUGGUGUUCACACUGGUGCUGUAUGGAUCAUGAAGUUCUCUCCUUGUGGUAGACUAUUGGCUACUGGAGGACAAGAUAACACUCUGAGGAUUUGGGUGCUUAAAUCUGCUUUUACUUAUUUUAAUGAUAUGAAACAAAAAUAUGCUGAUGUUACUAUAUCACCUGCUCCAUCACAAGAAAGCCUUAAUUCAUUUCUCUCUGGUAGUUCUGGAGAAUUACUGGAACAGGCAAGUGGAGGUCAUGACCCUGAAGAUUUAAUCGCACCAUUCAUGCCAAAACCAUUUUGUACAUUUAGAGGACACACUGCUGAUGUAUUGGACGUCUCCUGGUCAAAAAACCACUUUAUUUUGUCUUCCUCUAUGGAUAAAACAGUACGUUUGUGGCAUGUUUCACGUAAAGAAUGCCUGUGUACCUUCCAACAUAUUGACUUUGUUACAUCUAUUGUCUUCCAUCCUAAGGAUGACAGAUAUUUUCUGAGUGGCUCACUUGAUGGUAAAUUGAGACUGUGGAAUAUACCUGAUAAGAAGGUCACACUAUGGAAUGAAGUGCAGGGUCCUUCAGCCCUUAUUACAACAGCUAACUUCUGUAGGAAUGGUAAACUAGCAGUUGUUGGCACUUAUGAUGGAAAAUGUAUAUUCUAUACAACUGAGCAAUUAAAGUAUCAUACACAGAUCCAUGUAAGAUCAACGAGGGGUAAGAAUGCCAAAGGAAGUAAAAUCACUGGUAUAGAACCUCUACCUGGUGAAGAUAAGGUUUUAGUUACUUCAAAUGAUUCCAGAAUACGUCUUUAUGAUUUACGAGAUAAAAUGUUAACCUGUAAAUACAAAGGAUGUGCAAAUAACAGCAGUCAGAUUAAAGCAAGUUUUAGUCCCAAAGCCAAGUAUAUAAUUUGUGGAUCAGAGGACCAGUUUGUAUAUAUUUGGAAACAGAACCAUGAUUUCUACAAGUUUUCAUCAGCUCGUAGAGAUCGUAAUGAUUACUGGGAAGCAAUAAAAAUUCACAAUGCCGUUGUGACAGCAGCCAUCUUUGCUCCCAAGCCUGCGUUACUGAAACCAAAUAAUAAAAAGAAAUAUGCGGAUGAUUCAGAUGAAGAUGAAGGAGAAGUCAUGGUUACCGCAGAUUUUACUGGAGCAUUAAAAGUAGUCCGAAACUUAAAAGGAACAUUGCAUUAGAAAUCUGGGUAGAAAUCAUUAAGAAAAGGAACAUUGCAUUAGAAAUCUGGGUAAAAAACAUUAAGAAAAGGAAAAUUGCAUUAGAAAUCCCUGGAAAAAUCAAAAAGAAAAGGAACAUUGCAUAAGAAAUCCCAGGCGAAUUCAUAAAGAAAAGGAACAUCGCAUUAGAAAUACCAGGUUAAUUCAUAAAGAAAAAGAUCGCUAAAGAAAUCUAAGAAGAAAUCAUAAGAAAAGGAUCAUCACAUUAGAAAUCUAAGGAGAAAUCUUUAAAGAUAUUAUCAUUUCCACCAUUUAAAAAAAAAGUUUGACUUUAUUUUGAUUAGAAUCCUGCCAUCAAACCAGAUUGAGACAGAAAAUGUACUUUUAUGGUAGUGAAAUUUUCCCCAACAAGAUAAUGUUGCAUUACAGGAGCUUGUUCAAGAAAAUAAAUGGUGCAGAUUAUUUUAGUGAUAAAAAGUACUGGUAUUGCAGUUUUAAAAUUUAGAUUUACAUUGCCUAUUAAGUAUAGCAGUUCAGAGAAUCAUGAUUAUAAUGGUGUUUGAUUCAGAUGAACUAUUUAAACAUUAAGUAGCUUUUAUGCUAUAGUAAUGGUCCAUAAUAUAUUUUAGAAAUCUUCUAAAAUAACUAAUUAAUUAUUUUUAGAAAUAUAUAUUUUCUUUUAUUAUGCAAUCUUUUUCAAUAAACUUAAAUAAUUAUUUCAUGACUUUUUUCAGUGUUAAAUUAUGUCAUUUUACCCAUGGAGACUUUUUUUGUAUUUUAAAAGAUAAAUAAAUCACAAAGUGUGACCUAAAAAUAGACAUCAUGCAACACAAAUUUUAUACUCUGUAUAAUGUGGAAGAAUAUAUGAAUGUAUAUUUGGUAAUCAGAAAGUGGAUGAGCAAUUAAUCUGAAAAUGGAUUGCACACUGCACAGUAAUGCAUGCUCAAAUGAAGCUUAGAUACCAAAUUUCAGGGAGCUGUGAUUUUUCAGUUCCUGAGAUAAACUUUACAAACAUUUUAGUGGUGAUAUUUACAGACAGACAGUAGUUUACCAGUAUACUCCCUUUAGUCCCUACUUUUGAAGCAAGGAAUAAAAGUUUCAAGUUUUUAAGAUAAAAAUUAAUUUAAAACCCAUGAUUUCAGCUGCUUUAAAAAAAAUGUUAAGCCUGUUUUUAAUACUUCAGUUUAUGAUAACUAUAUUAGUUCAUACUUGCUUCUCAGUCACUGCCGUUCAGCUUGUUUAUACUGCCUUUAAAUAGUUUAGUUUACUAACUGGAAAUACUGAAGGGUAAAUUCAGCAAAUUCUUGGCUUUGUUUUGGUCUUAUUUACUAACUUCACUCUAAGGUAUUGCCAAAUGUUAACAGUUGAAGUAAUGAAUGUUAAUUAAAAACCAUCACUGUUUCACUCAAGUUAGUUAUUAUUUAUUGCUGCAGGUAUAAGAUUGAACACACAUGUCUUUGACAAAUUUAAAAACAAUCAUCAUGUGUGGGAGAUACAAUCUCAAUAAAAAAUAAAUCAUGUCAGAUGAUAUGCAAAUUCAACACACUCCUUAUAACUCAUUUAAAAAAAACUAACAGUUACAAGUAUUUGAGAACCAGAUUAUAAUUUAUCAUGGCAUAAAAAUUAGUUUCUGUUAUUUUUACAAUCAGUUGUCUAAAUUUUAAAAUACUUUUUGUAUGCAUUGUUAUUUAAAUGGCAAUUACUGGACACUGAAUGCUCAUGUAAGUUUAAAUGAUUUUAAUUGUACUUAUUGUUAAAUGUCCAGCUAGCCUAUUUGUGUUAAAAGUAUUACUGUAGAUAUUAUGAGUCAUUUAAUUUUUUCCAGAAAUCACUUUUCGUGUUUCUGGAUUAUAACAUAUGUAUCUCGUGGCUAUUAAAAUGGCAAUUCCAAAUGAUUUUAAUUCUACUUAUUAAUUAAGUUUUGAGCUAGUUUGUUUGUAUUAAGUAUGACUGUAGAUGUCAGUUAGUUUGUUCCUGAUAUAAAUGUUCUUAUUUCUAUAAUAUUAUAUAUGUAUCCUAUGAGUUGUCCAUUUUAUUGAAGUAUCUGUGCAAUAUAUAUAUGUCUGUGAUAAUGUUGUAAUGACUUGAGUUGACGCACCAGUAGUAUUGUGGAUUUUUUUGAAUUUUGAAAUCCAAAGAACUGACACCUUUCAGGUUUGUACUUUACAAAACAUUAUUGUAUCAGUCUUAUUAUUAUUGUUAAAAUAGGCAUGUACAAUUGGAGUCAAUUA